GAGUGUUUUAAAGGAAGCUGGGCUACUCACAAAUUGCUGCACAAGAAAGCAAAAGAUGACAAAGCAAAACGAGAAGUUUCUGCCUGGACUGUAGAUGGAGACAUAAACACAGAUCCCUGGGCUGGUUAUCGAUAUACUGGGAAACUCAGGCCACAUUAUCCACUGAUGCCAAUGAGGCCUGUGCCGAGUUACAUUCAAAGGCCAGAUUAUGCAGAUCACACCUUAGGUAUGUCUGAGUCAGAACAGGCCCUUAAAGGAACUUCUCAGAUAAAGAUCCUUUCUUCAGAAGAUAUAGAAGGGAUGCGAGUUGUGUGUAGGCUUGCUAGAGAAGUCUUAGAUGUUGCUGCCAUGAUGGUGAAAGCAGGUGUUACCACUGAAGAAAUAGAUCAUGCUGUUCAUUUAGCAUGCAUUGCCAGAAAUUGCUACCCAUCGCCACUGAAUUAUUACAAUUUUCCUAAGUCUUGCUGUACAUCAGUAAACGAAGUCAUCUGCCAUGGCAUUCCAGACAGGCGACGCUUACAAGAAGGCGAUAUUGUUAAUGUUGACAUUACUGUUUAUCGUAAUGGUUAUCAUGGGGAUCUCAAUGAGACAUUUUAUGUUGGAGAAGUCGAUGAGGGUGCAAAACGAUUAGUUCAGACGACAUAUGAAUGCUUAAUGCAAGCAAUUGAUGCAGUAAAGCCUGGUGUACGGUAUAGAGAAUUGGGGAAUAUUAUACAGAAACACGCUCAAGCCAAUGGGUUUUCAGUAGUUCGGAGUUACUGUGGGCAUGGGAUUCAUAAGCUGUUCCACACCGCUCCCAAUGUGCCACAUUAUGCCAAAAAUAAGGCUGUUGGAGUAAUGAAGCCUGGCCAUGCAUUUACGAUAGAACCAAUGAUCUGUGAAG